CAAGGUAGGCAAGACCGGAAACUUCGCAACCCGACCAACCAACCAAACAAACAAACCAACCAAAACGGUUGCUGAUUCAAGUACGAGGCAGCAGCAGAAGCAGAAGAAGAAGAAGAAGAAGAAGAAGAAGAACCAUUAGUAGUACGUACGUAGUUAGUGGUACAUUGCAAAGAUGAACGAUGCAGAUGUCUCCAAGCAGAUACAACAGAUGGUCAGGUUCAUUCGACAGGAGGCCGAAGAGAAAGCUAACGAGAUCUCUGUCUCUGCCGAAGAGGAAUUCAACAUUGAAAAGUUGCAACUAGUUGAAGCAGAAAAGAAAAAGAUCAGGCAAGAGUAUGAUCGGAAAACAAAACAGGUUGAAGUUCGUAAGAAAAUUGAGUACUCAAUGCAACUGAAUGCAUCCCGUAUUCAAGUUCUUCAAGCACAAGAUGAUGUGGUGAAUGCCAUGAAAGAUGUUGCUGGCAAGGAACUUUUGAAUGUUGCUAAUGCCAAGAAUGCAUAUAAAAAGCUUCUCAAAGACUUAAUUGUUCAGAGUCUACUCCGGCUGAAGGAACCAUCUGUGCUGUUGCGAUGCAGGGAGAUUGAUGUGGGGAUGGUUCAGUCUGUUCUGGAAGAAGCAAAACAAGAAUAUGCUGGGAAAGCCAAAGUCCAAGCCCCUAAGAUUACUGUAGACGGCCGUGUCCAUCUCCCGCCGCCUCCAACUAGCGAGGAAUCCCAUGGUCCUUCUUGCUCUGGCGGGGUGGUUUUGGCUUCGCAAGAUGGAAAGAUUGUAUGUGAGAACACUCUGGAUGCUCGCCUAGAUGUUGUUUUCCGACAGAAACUACCAGAGAUUCGGAAGAGUCUCCUUGGCAAAACAAGUGCCUGAGCUAUAUAUAUAUAUAUAUAUAUAUAUGCUGAUCUCCAUGACUGCAACGUGCAUGCAUGACAGUGUAUGCUUCUCCUUGGUGAUGGUUUAGAAUUUUGAGCAUGCUGGAGCCCUGUAGGUAGUCCAUUUGUUUGGUUAAAGUAUCAUUCAUGGAGUCGGCGGGUCAUAAUAAAUUUAAAGGCUUCCUUGUGUCUCCAUAUAUAUAUGUUACUAUCUUGACCUUGAUAUAUAUUUAUAUUCAUUGGAGUUGUAAUAAUAAUUUGGGAUCAAAAUAUCCUUAGAUGGACGGGAUA